AUGCCAUACGACACAAAUACAACAGCCACCGAGCUAGUCCCCGACUAUGCACCUUUCAUCAAAGAAAAAACCAUCCUCGUUACAGGUGUCUCUCCAGGGUCACUAGGCGGCUUCUAUGUUCAAUCCAUCGCAAAAGCUAAACCAGCUUGCCUGAUACUUGCAGGCCGCAGCGCCAGCAAGCUCGAACAAUGCGCUAGAGAAAUACAUGCCGAAAGCUCGGAAACUAUCAUCAAAACUUUGGAAAUUGACCUGAGCUCGUUGGAAAGUGUACGCAAAGCUGCAGAUCAAGUUAACGGCUGGGAAGACGUCCCCUCCAUCGAUGUACUAGUCAACAACGCCGGCAUCAUGGCGGUGGAGUAUCAACUUUCGGUGGAUGGAUUCGAGUCACAUUUUGCUACGAAUCACCUGGGCCCAUUUCUUUUCACGAAUCUGAUUAUGAAGAAGGUUCUCAAGUCGACAAGUCCCCGGGUGGUCAUCGUUACUAGUGACGGGCACAGAUUGAGUCCUAUUCGAUUCUAUGAUUACAACUUUGAUGGAGGCAAAACCUACAAUAAAUGGGUUGGCUAUGGUCAAUCCAAGACGGCGAAUAUGUUGAUGGCGCUGUCAUUGGCGAAGAAACUCGGAGUCAAGUAUGGCUUGCAAGCAUACUCGUUGCAUCCCGGUGCGAUCAUGACGAAUCUUAGUUUGCAUCUGGAUUGGAAUGUUGACAUGGAGAGUCUUUUAUCUGUCUACCGACAACUAGGCGAGAAAGAAGGCUGGGAUGAUCAAGGCUUUACUCUUAAGACUAUUGAUCGAGGUACUGCGACCCAUGUCUAUGCUUCAUUUGAUUCUUCUCUCAAAGCAAAUAAUGGGGCGUAUCUGAUCGACUCGCAUAUCGCAGAUCCAAUGGUAGACAUUGUCAAACCAUGGGCAACGAACGCCCUCGAAGCUGAGAAGCUCUGGGUACUCAGCGAGCAGCUUGUUGGCCAGGAAUUUCCUUACUAG